AUGUCGACUGUGACAAGUGCUCAGACACCGGAGGAACCUAAUCCUCCCCCCGCUGAAGAAAAGCCAAAGGGAAAAUCCCUGUUUCAUUUGGGUUCAUUCUUUGCUAACAGGAGUGAAAAAUUUGUCAUUGCUAGGAGUGACAGUGUACCAGAGGAGAACGUUCUGAAAAUAACCAUCACAGAAACUACGGUCAUUGAGUCGGACUUGGGCAUCUGGAAUUCUCAUGCUCUCAUCUACCUCACUUUGUGGUUUUUCUUCAGCUUUUGCACUCUUUUUCUUAACAAAUACAUUCUUUCGUUACUGGAAGGAGAGCCCAGCAUGCUAGGUGCUGUUCAAAUGCUUUCAACCACCUUCAUUGGCUGUAUAAAAAUGUUUGUUCCGUGCUGCUUGUAUCAACACAAAACACGUAUCUCUUACCCACCCAAUUUCAUCAUGAUAAUGCUGUUUGUUGGAUUAAUGAGAUUUGCAACAGUAGUCUUGGGUCUUGUCAGCUUGAAAAACGUGGCAGUUUCAUUUGCAGAAACAGUUAAAAGCUCUGCACCUAUUUUUACUGUUAUCAUGUCUCGGAUGAUAUUGGGGGAAUACACUGGGCUGCUGGUUAAUCUCUCUCUCAUUCCUGUUAUGGGUGGGCUGGCUCUAUGUACAGCUACUGAAAUCAGUUUCAACAUUCUAGGUUUCUCAGCAGCUUUAUCUACUAAUAUCAUGGACUGUUUGCAAAAUGUCUUUUCCAAAAAACUGCUCAGUGGAGAUAAAUACAGGUUUUCAGCCCCAGAGCUUCAGUUCUACACAAGUGCUGCUGCAGUGGUUAUGCUUAUUCCAGCUUGGAUAUUUUUCAUGGAUGUGCCUGUGAUUGGGAAAAGUGGGAGGAGCUUCAGCUACAACCAAGAUAUUGUCAUACUUCUCUUAAUAGAUGGAGUCUUGUUCCACUUACAAAGUGUUACAGCUUAUGCCUUGAUGGGAAAAAUUUCUCCUGUGACUUUCAGUGUUGCUAGUACUGUGAAGCACGCGCUGUCAAUCUGGCUAAGUAUUAUUGUGUUUGGUAACAAAAUCACAAGCCUCUCAGCCAUUGGGACUGUCCUAGUGACAAUUGGAGUUCUACUAUAUAACAAGGCAAAGCAGCAUCAGCAAGAGACUAUACACAGCCUGGCAGCUGCCGCCCCGCAAUCCGCCCAAAGCACAACAGAAGAUACUGAGCCACUAAUUGCCAAGGAUUUGGAACCGUAUAAUUAAUAUGGCCAUUUAUUCUUCCAACCUCAUAUAACUCAAAAGAAAAUCUUCCUGAAAGUGGUUGUUUCUUCAACUGUUGAUGCUGAUUUGUUUCCUUUGAGUUCAAGCCUCAGACUUGAAGCAGAGAGAAAACAAUGGGAAGAAUCCAGUAA